AUGGUCAUACUUUUCAUCACGAAAAGUACACUUCUCACCCUCGACCAUGGCUACGCAGUUACCACACGCAUUGCCGAAGGCCCCGGGGAUCGAUCGACAGCCGAACAUGGGCCACAUGCCACAAUGGUCACCAGUUUCAGAGCCAACCAGGCGCUUAGUACAAGAGCGGCAAGGGACCUCGUUCUCAUCGCCAUACAAUUGGACGAAGAGGCCAGAAACCCGCCUGCGAUCAUUCGAGAGCCGGCUGUCCUCAGCUUGAGUGACAUUGCAAGGCCGCCUGUGGGAACGCAGCGCAAGGAUGCUCUGAUCAGAGGGCAAUGGAACACCUAUGUACGGUGGGAAGGGGACACUGCGGUCACAAUGGGAGGAAGGCCUUUGCCUUGCUUCCCGAAUGGAUGGAAAGGCUGGGACGCCUAUGAGGCCCAGUUGGCUGACAACGAGUGA